AUGUGCUGGUACUGCAACCGAGAAUUCGAGGACGAAAAGAUUCUGAUACAACAUCAAAAAGCAAAACAUUUCAAAUGCCAUAUUUGUCAUAAAAAGCUAUACACUGGUCCAGGUUUAUCGAUACACUGUAUGCAAGUCCACAAGGAAACGAUAGACAAAGUUCCUAAUUCAUUACCGAAUCGUUCUAAUGUAGAUAUAGAGAUAUACGGAAUGGAGGGUAUUCCGUCAGCGGAUUUAAAAGAGCACGACAGACAGAAACAGGGUAGUAGGAGUAACGACUCAGGAUCAGACGACGACGAACCGGCAUUAAAAAGGCCGAAACCAGAAGGAUUACUGGGCAAUGCCCCUCCAGGAAUGCCCGGCGGCGUACCAGGACACCCUAUGGUACCUCCUGGUAUGAUGGCGCCCCCGCCAGGUAUGCCUCCGGGCAUGUCCAUGAUGUCAAUGGGACCUAUGGGCGGACAUUUUAUGCAUCCCGGGAUGGCGCAAAUGUUGCCUCCUCACAUGAUGAUGGCUGGUCAGGCAGGCCCACCGAAACCUUUGUUUCCCAGUGCGAUACCUACGUCCUCGCCCGGAGCGGCUGUGGUAGGUGCAGAUUUUAAACCUAUUUCCUCAGGUGCAACGAUAUCAGCGCCACCUACUACAAACGUGUCAAGCGGGCCGAGUAGUGGCGAUCCAUCGAAAGUGAACACGAUAGCCGCUACGGGGGCGUCAAGUAAAAUUAUCCACCCGGCCGAGGAUAUAUCGCUGGAGGAGAUAAAAGCCAGGCAUCCGAAAUACUCGAGGGGCGGGAGGGCGCGGAGCGAAGACAGGGGGUCGACUUCGAGCAACACCGCUUCGGAGGUAAGUGCGCAGGUACGUACAAGUUCCAUAUUUUGGUAUUGA